AUGGAGGGAAGGUCAUUCGAUUUGUCAUCAGCAGCAAGCUUGCCGGAUUUUCAUUUGAACACAGCUCCACCGUCUUCCAAGACUGGAGUGGACUUUGCAGGUCUAUUGUUUGUGAAGGGUAAGAAUGAUCAAAUGAGAAAGGUGCAAAUUGCAUUGUUUCCUUGUUGCAUGACAACAGCCAUACAUCUAGUAUUAGUCAAGAAUUUGUCUGUAGAGACCUUUCAACUAUGCCUAAGAUGGUUUAUAGCUAGAAGGGCUGCCCUGACAUUGAUAGUAUUGGACAACACAAAAACCUUCAAAGGCGCAGAGAAAGAGCUUUGUGCACUCUAUAGCCACCCCCAAGACAAGGAGGAAAUGCAGAACCGAAGAAUACAGUGGUACUUCACUGUUGAGAGAGCCCCAUGGUGGGGCAGAUUUUUUCAUAGGCUGAUAGGAAGCAUCAAAAGAUGUCCUCAAAAGGUUCUUGGCAAUGCCUGGCUGUCGUUUGAUGAGCUACUGACUGUUUUAAGUGACGUUGAAUUCCAUACCAUUGACGUAUGA